AUGAAUAAAGAUAAAACUUAGGAGGAAAUAGCAGCUGAAGAGCUAGCUAGUAAAAUUGACUACACAGGAAAGACUCCUACAAGAAUUAAAAAAGAAAUUUAAUAAUAGCUUUUCAAUUAAGAAAAAAACAUUAUAUUUCGUCUUGAAGAAUUAAAAGGUACCUUUGAUAACAUUCUGAAUGAAUUGGGAAAUUUGGACAAUAAAUACAAAGAUAUUUAAGGAAUUAUUGACCAUCAAUCAACAUAAUUUAAUAAAUUGAGUUCUGAUGUAGAACUGAUAGAAAGUUAGAAAAAAGUAAUUGAAACUAGAAUGAAAAACUAGCAAAAACUCUAGGAUACACUCAAAAUUUUAAUUUCUGGUUUAUCUUUAAAUGAAGAUGAAAAAAAAACUUUAGAAAGACCUAGUUUUUCGUCUACUGAAGAUUUGCGUAGAGCUGAAGAUGUAGUAGAAAAGAUAGGGAAAUUUUUGCAGUUUUAAGUUGAUUAAUUUAGAAAUGUAAAAAUCUAUUAAAAUCAAGUUUAGUCUAUGAAUCAGGAGCUAAAUAGUUUUAUAAAUAUAUUUUACAAAGAUUUACAAGAAAUAGCAAAGAAGAGUUCAGCUGCUUUAUCUGAAGAAGGAGAAAGCAGGGAGGAUAAAGGAACAGAAGCAUACUUGAGUGCACUUGAUAUGAGUAAUUUUAAAUAGGCAUUGAUGAAGAGAAGAAGGUUGAUCAAGAGUUUAAUUCAAGCCAAAAAUAACUCAUCUGACUUCUUAAGUGAUUUAAUGUCAAAAAUAUAGAGAAGUAUAAAAUAUAUUGUUGACAUGUGCAAGAAAUAAAUGAGGAAGAAUUUAAAAUACUAGUUGGAUAGAUCUCUAAUCAUAAAAAGUAAAUGCAGCUAUGUAGAUAAGAUCAAUGCUAAAAUUAGUUCGAUUGUAAAUGCUGAGAAUAUAUCUCAACCUAAUUCCCUUAUGCAGUGGUUUUAAGAUUUUAUUAAUUAGUUAUCAGGUUAAAUUGAUUUGGAUCUUAACUAUUGGACAAAAUAUUUUUCCUUUGAUCAAAAAAAAUUCACCAAAGAUGAUUAAGAGAUUUAAUCCUUUAUUAGCGAAGCAUACUCUCCCCUAUUUUUAAUGGUAAAUGAAUUAGUCGAAGAAAGUAUCCAAGCUAGUCCUAUUAGUGCCUAUUGCUUUUUAACAUCUACUCUAAACUACUUAACUGCUAAGGAAAAAGAUGAAGAAGAAGAUGAUGCAGACACAAAAACUGUAGUCUAAGAUAGCAGAUCUUCAGUUUAUUCAUACAUUUCAUCUAAAUCAAUAUAGAAAAAUCCAGAACUACCUAUUGUUGAUAAUUCAGACACCCUUUCAACGAUUAGUGGAGCGGGAAGAAAAGAAUCGUUUAAUGUGCCUGCUGGUGCUGUCAAAACAAAGAUUAUGGAAAACUUUUUACUUGACUUGAAAAAAGAAUUAGAGAGUAGAAAGAAAACGAUCGCUCAUAGCUAUUAAAAGUAUUUAUCAGAUCACGAUUACAAAGUGAAAUAUGCUCCUCCUUUUGACUAAUCAAUAUAUUUUUCAGAUGCCUUCAGGUUAAUGAUUGACUUAUUUGGACCAUAUAUAUCAACUUAUUACUAAAAGGAUUUAUAAACAUAUGCUUCUUAUUUUACAUCGUGGAUUAAAGAGUAAAGUAAGAAAUAUGAAAAAUAUGAAAACAUUAGAGUUAUUACAAAUAUCUUCCCAGUCAUGAAUAAGUUAACAGGAAGCCAAAUUUCUCAAUACAAAGAUGUGUAUAAAAAGAUUAACUCUGCAUACAAAGAAAAUCAAUAAAAUUAUUGCAUUGAUUUAUUUUGCUAUCACUUCACUAAAUUUUCUGAAAUGUGGUUUAAAAUAAAAUCUGUGAAUCCAUCUGAUUUGGAGAGUGAUAGUCAGUUCAAUGCAGGAAAAUUUGUUAAAUCUGUUUAAAAUACCUUUAGUCAUAUUGAAAAAGAGCUAGAUCCAAUCUUAAAACGAAUGAAGAAGCACUUUUGUAAAGACAACGAAAUCAUCCAAAGAUAAUUUGAAGCUUUAAUUGAGUAUAUAAUAGAGCAAUAUACUGAAAUAGAAUAGCUAUGCUGGAAGGCCUUAAAGAUAAAAGUUACACCUAGUAUAUAGGAAGUAUAAACAAAUCUGUAAAAGAAACUAAAUAUUUUAUUUAAUUGA